CCUCUGAGCCAAGCAACAGGGCGCAGAUAAUUAACGGAAACAACUUCCACUUGCCUUUUAAAAAUAUUUAUAGUCGUCUCUUUUUCUGAAUCCAAGGCCAUUAGCAUUAUUAAUUAUCAUUAACAAAGGGUUGUGGUUAAUGACAAAUUCGAAUCUCCUGUUCAUGCAAGUACUCAAGUCUCUGUAGUAAAACUAAGGAGGAGGAAUAAUGAUGCGUAUCCAAUGAUGUGGAGUGGUGAAGAUCCAAAUCCAAACAAGCACACAGUGCGCAACAAUUGGAACCUAAGCGAGUUUCGUCAGAAAAAGGAUAACAAAGCCCACGAGGUACACCUCAUUCUGUUUUCCUUUUUUUGUUCGAAAUUAAAAAAAGGAAAAAAGAAGAAAGAAAAAGUUUAGGAACUCGGCAUAACAGUGGCACAUAUUCACAUCAUUAUUAUUUCAUUUGAAAACCAAGACAGCGAUGUUUAUGCUUAUGCUUGCGACGCUGAAGACGAAAGCCUGGUGGAUUCAGCUGCAAACUCUUUCUCACUAGCACUCAAAGGUAUCAUAUACCAAUCCAAAAGCCCCUUUUUGCGCCCCCUGAUUUUUUAAUCCCUAGGAUUUUACUUUUCCUUUUAUGGAUAAAGAAUGUCAAGAUAGGAGAUCAAGAUUUGAAGCGUGAUCAGCCUGGUGCAUUGGAUCUGGGGAUUUUACAAUGCAAAGCCAAAAGGGUUGGAGCUCUGGAAGAGUUACUCCAACUCCAAGGAAGAACAUUGGCGGCGGAGCUAUGCUGCCGUUUAAUAAUGGGAGAGGACUACCUUCAAAGUGGGAAGACGCUGAAAGAUGGAUUCUAAGCCCUGUUGGUAGAGAUGGUGUUACUGGGAAUUUGGUUUCACCACACCAUAGGAGACCAAAGUCAAAGAGUGGUCCACUUGGUCCACCAGGUGUUGCUUAUUAUUCAAUGUAUUCUCCGGCAGUGCCUCUCUUUGGAGGAAGGCAUUCCGCUAAUUUGGCCGGGCCUUCUCCGUUUUCGCCAGCUGUAGCUUCAUCUGAUUCAUUCACAAACCGCUCCGGUGGUGGCCAUGGUGUUGUCGUUCUGCCCACCACAGAGCCUACUUUGCUCCGGUCCGCUAGUGUCCAUGGAUGUUCUGAAAUGCAGAGUGAACCAUCAGCGCCUGAUCAAGAGGAUAAGCUUCAUAGCUUCAAAGAUGUGGGCACCGAUGUAUCUGGUGCUGUUUCAAGGAGGGACAUGGCAACCCAGAUGAGCCCACAGGGUAGCCAAUGCUCCUCUCCCAAUUUGAGUCAGCCUUCUUUCUCUACCUCCACUCUGUCUUCGUCGACCUUCACAGAAUGGCGGAAUGUUGCUUCCUCUAAAAUGGAUGUAAGGGAUGUUCAGGUAGAUGAACAUGUCACCGCAACAAAGUGGUCCAAGAAACACAGGGCCUUAUUUUCUGGCAGAGGCUCAGAAAAUUUUGAAAGCAAGCAAAAGAAAGAAAUUAGAAAUCUAGCUUCAGCUUGGGAUAUUGCUGAAACGCCAAAAACUGCCUCUAAGGCUGAAAGGGAGGAAGCCAAAAUCAAUGCAUGGGAGAACUUGCAAAAGGCAAAAGCUGAGACAGCAAUACGGAAACUAGAGAUGAAGCUAGAAAAGAAGAGAGCAUACUCUAUAGACAAGAUUAUGAACAAGCUUAAAUUGGCACAGAAAAAGGCUGAGGAAAUGAGAAGUUCAGUUAUAAACAUAGAGGCUGAUGCUGAUCAAGUUGUACGAACGUCUCGCAAGGCUAAAUUAUUUCUUAGAAUCAGUCAGAUGGGUUCAUUGAGUGGUUGUUUCAACUGGCAUGCCUCUUAAAGCAUACUUCAAGUGUUUGAGUGAUAUAUUGGGUAUGUUCCUCUGUAAUUUAGUACCGUUGCUGUUUGCAAUCUAUGAAACAACAAAAUUCAUGUAAUAUAUUCAUUUGUUAGUGAAAAAUGGAGUUAAAAGUUU